AAGAUGGUGUGUUCAGCUGGAAGCUCACACAGAGACUGAUUCACGUUCCUGCUGCUGCUUCUGUUAUGACUGAUCUGUGUGAAUCGCUCAGAGACGAUUAGAUGAUCCUUCUGAACAAAUCAAAACCAGUUCUAAAGCCCUAACCCUAACCCUAGCCUCAGGGAGACCAAAUGCCAGCUGACCUUUAACCCCUCUCCAAAAUGGACGUCCGUCUGCAGGGCAACUCUCAGCUCCACUACGGCGUCAACGGCGGCGCCACUCGAAACUCUGGUCCCGGAGGAGACGCUCUGAAGUUUCUGAGUCGAGAGGAGCAGGAGUGCCUCCAGUACUUUGAGGAAACCAUUGAGUCUUUGGAGGAUGGUAUAGAUGAGGAGCAGCAAAGGCUUGGCCAGAGGAGUCGCCCUGAACUCAACAGUCGGCCUUUUGACUCGGUUGGCAGACAUGGAAGCCUGGCUCCGAACAGCGAGGUGUCGCCUAACUACAUAAUCGACCUGGUCCACUCAGAACCAGACUUGGUGCACGCUGCAGAGCCAGUCUAUAGCCCCGCCCAUCAAGAUUUUUACCACAUGCCCUACACUCCUGAAAGCAACUUUGAGGCAAAGCCCAGGCAUGACGUGUUCCCCUCAGAGUAUAACCCUCCUUUACGAAGUGCAAGCUUUGGGACGACAGACAGCCACUCCUCCUACCACCCUCCAGGCAGUGUCCCCACUCCAGUUUUGAUUGCCCAGCAGCUUGCAGAGAACCAGGGAGAUGGAACAUCAAACUCGCAUCCUUCAUCUUUGCUCCGUCGCCUUAGCAUGGAGUCGGAAAAAACACCCAGAGACAGAUCAAAUAUUUCUGUGAAACACGGUCCUGGUCCCUCAUCAAAGCCAGCCCACUAUCCUCCUAAUAUCCACGUGGUUCAUGGUGGAAAGGAGCCCCAAAUACCAGUGGCUAACGUAAACAUCCAUGAGCGACAGGAGCAGAUGUUGGCACACCUGGCAGGUACUUCCCACCCUCUGCUGCAACAUAUAGAAGACGACACUCGAAACAGUCCAUCUCGUAGUAUUUCCUUUAAAGACCCAGAGCCAGAUAAAUCCAGGAUGGAGGCCCUGUCAAAGCUGGGCUUGACAAGGGGCAGAGCUACAUCACUCCAAAUGAUACCUGACAACUACUCACAGGAUCCUCACAAAGGUCCAGACCCCAGAGUCUCAUCGCAGGACCGCAGUCUUACCCCAACAGCAAAAAUCAGCACUGACCUUCCACAACCAAAGUUGUCAAUGCCCCCUCCAGUCUGCUUUAAUGACAACAAGAAUACAGAGACGUUGCCCUCGCAUUCCUUCAGGGGCCACGAUGAGAGAAGCUCCCAGCUGGACCCUUCAUCUCCAACAAUGUCCCCUCCUCCAGCUGACAUCACCUCACCAGCGUUCAACACCUUUGGAGGGAAAUCCAUUGUGGUCCAUCCCUCUUUAUCCCAAAAGAACGAAGCUCCAAUCUCUCCAACUACCCCCGAACCCCAGAACCUUCCACUUGCACCUUCUAACCCAAUAGAGCUCAAUCCUUAUGGAGGAAAGUCAAAAGUCAUGACUUCUACCAAUCUACCCGACAUCCUCAGCUCUCAUAUCGACACAAAGGAAACUAUUCCUGUCAAGCCAGAACCUCCGGCCGUCGAGCCAAACAAGUAUGGAGGAAAGAGCCGAACCUUUGACCCAGUUUCUGGGCUGUAUCGGACUUCAGAAAGCCGAGCUAAAAGUGUCAAACCUCCACCGCCGACUCCAGCGCCUAGACCUCCUCGGCAGUCCUACCAUGGCAUGCUGCCUCCCCAGAAACCGCCAGCAAGGGCCUCUUCUCCUGAAUACAGGCGAAGGCCCAGCAGCAUGUUCCGUCCUCAAGGUAUCACCGUACAGUUUUGUGGACGAGGAGCCAUGAACGAAUCUCGCAGGGAGGCAUUGAGGAGACUAGGACUGCUGAAAGACUCUUAAUCAAGCCUUUGUAGGUUUAUCUCUCAGUCUCCAAUGACUGAACUAGAAUUUCUGCGUCGCUUUGCUAAUGGCAAUGGUAUGCAAAACGUUUCCUCUAUUGUCUGAGAACGAGGUGUGUCUGUAGAUAAACAGGCUUUUACAGAGGAAUCUUGGUACUUGACAGACCUGAAGGGCCACUCCUCACCGUCAGGCCUUAAAAAAACACAACACCUUUACUCAACUCUGCUUUCUCAGAAGAAAUCUCGGCUGGUUCAAGAUAUUCUGUGAAAUCUCAUCCAAGACGACAAUAUGUCUGAGUAAGACAUUGUGGGGGAAAGAGCAAUGCUUUGUUUUGUUAGUCUCACCUCGUUUUUAGCUCAAAUGUAAAUAUAUUUAACAUGGAGAAGGGAUUAGCUGCACAUUUUCCAACCGUUUGUCUGUCGGUUCUUAUUUGUGACCUUAAAUUAGCUGAAUUCUACGGUUAUCUGAAUUAUAUAGAUUCCUUUCUCAUUUUAUUCCAUUUUGUUCUCAAGCUAUUUCUUUAAAUUAUGAGGCUGUUUCAUUUUUUUGUUUUAUUUUUAAUUUUUUGUGUAUUUUUACCCAUUUUUUCAUUUAACCAACUUAAACAUUUAGUCAACUGCAUUUUGGAAACAUGGCGGGAUUGGAAACAUUUUAUGCGCAGAUA